AUGCCGACACCGAGUGACAACACAUCUCCUCUGAAUGCUGCAUCAAUUACCGAGGAAAUAUCUACUCAUACAACCUGUCCACCUGAAGUAGAGCGAUUGUCUUCUUGGAGAGACUCUCCUGAGCCGUCCUCUGCCACGGAGAGCGAUGUCCCCGACAAUGCCUUGUCACCUGCCAUUCCAUCAGCGCACACCCUCUUGACGGCCCAACCAGAUGGAACCAUCAAUCAGUCCAACACAGAUGUCCUAGGAGUUGGGACGGGUCAUAUCGCUCCCACCAAAGGCAUGAUGAGAUCCGAUGACGAACUUGCAUUGGGCAGAUUGAGCCCUACAAGGGGAACAGCAAGCUCCGCAAAGCCAUCGUCGACUGUUGCAUCGCCAUCGACUGCUUCACUUUUAAGUUAUGAAUUUACCAAUGUUCGGCUUCUUCCUAAUUACACCUCUUCUUAUCUUCGCCCUGGAAGCAAAUUUACUGGUACACAACAGUCGGACCGUCAAGUGUACAACGUCGAUGUGGAGAUCAAACAUGUCGAUAUGGCUGAAUCUUACCUCUGCGGCUAUCUUCGUAUACAAGGUCUCACCGAGGAUCAUCCCACUCUGACAACGUUCUUCGAAGGAGAAAUCAUCGGAACUAAGCACACGUUCAAGACCAGGAAUGAAGCGUGGGGUGCAACAGAGAAGACCGACAUGCACCAUUGGGCCAGAUUUCCUGCCUGGCGGCCUCUUGCCAAACAGGCGAAGAAGUCUGAUUUCACCUACUGGAACUUCGCAGAGCGUGAACAUAUAUUCAUGCGAUGGAAAGAGUAUUUUCUCGUCCCUGAUCAUCGGGUGAGGACGAUCUCAGGCGCGAGCUUCGAGGGCUUCUAUUACAUAUGCUUCAACCAGAUUGAAGGAAGUGUGACCGGUAUCUACUUUCAUGCGAAGAGUGAGAAGUACCAGCAGCUUGAACUGAAACACGUUGAAGACCAUGGCUGCACUCCGGCAAUGGAGUUCCGUUGA